AUGAGCUCUGGGGCGGGUGGCGGGCCGCGAAGCCGGAGCAGGAGCUCGGAGCGCCAGGGUACCACCAAAGAACAUGAUUUUGGUUUAGGGGCUCCAGUUUCUGAAGCUGAAAAAUACCAGAAUAAUCUCCAACUAGAACAAGAAGUGAGAAACCAAGAUAGAUUCAUCGAUACACUGAAAUUACAGAUUGAAGAUCUCAAACAGACAAAUCAUGGCUUGGAAGAAUAUGUUAGGAAACUCUUGGAUAGUAAGGAGGUGGUAAGCAGUCACAUAGACAAUUUAACCAGCCACAAUGAGCAUCUUUGUAAGGAAUUGAUUAAAAUCGACCAACUAGCAGAGCAACUAGAGAAAGAGAAAAAUUUUGUGGUGAAUACUGCUGACAAGGAACUUGAAGAAGCAAAGAUUGAACUCAUUUGCCAACGAAAUAAUACAAUAGUAUUGGAGGAUACAAUAAAAAGGCUUAGAUCUGCUGCAAAUUGUGACGUAGAGCUUUUGAAGACCACAAGAGAUCGUGAAGAACUUAAAUGCAUGCUGGAAAAGUAUGAGCGUCAUUUGGCAGAAAUUCAGGGUAAUGUCAAGGUUCUCACAUCUGAGAGAGACAAGACCUUUCUUCUUUAUGAGCAGGCACAGGAAGAAAUUGCCCGACUUCGACGAGAAAUGAUGAAAAACUGCAAAUCUCCUAAAUCAACAACAGCGCAUGCUAUCCUCCGGCGGGUCGAGACGGAAAGAGAUGUAGCCUUCACUGAUUUACGAAGAAUGACCACAGAACGAGACAGUCUGAGAGAAAGGCUAAAGAUUGCCCAAGAGACAGCAUUUAAUGAGAAGGCUCACCUGGAACAGAGGAUAGAGGAGCUGGAGUGUACAGUUCAUAACCUUGAUGAUGAACGUAUGGAGCAAAUGUCAAAUAUGACUUUGCUGAAGGAAACCAUAACCACUGUGGAAAAAGAAAUGAAAUCACUAGCAAGAAAGGCAAUGGAUACCGAAAGUGAACUUGGCAGACAAAAAGCAGAGAAUAAUUCUUUGAGUUCCUGAUUUUAUUGGCCUGGGGCGCACACACCUAAUUCUGAAGCUCAUUCAUCAGAAACCGUCUACCAUCUCCGUGGCAACGCGUGUGAAUGAAAAAAAAUCUCAACUUCAUGGUCCCCGGUGCUUAGAG